ACCCUGUGGUGGAGGGAGAUCUAUUGGUCAGCGGUUAUCCGUUGAGCGCCAAAUUUCUGUUUUCAAAAAUGGCGGACGUGGUUUUUGUUUUUACUGAACAUGAUGUUUUUUGUUUUUCAACUUUCUUACAUGUAACUAUCGACUUCAAAUUACAAUGAAUGCCUAUCAGACUAUUGUUUUCUUCGUAAUAUUUCGUGUCACUCUCUCAGCUGUCGUCAAUAUCCAAAAUUACAUAGCACUCUCAGAAAAUCAAAAGACCGGACUGCUUCAAAUUGUGUUUGACGAGGCUAUUGCUGUUGACAACGUAAAUAUUGUGUGCGGCACGCUUCUCUCUACUCUUGGCUCAACACAGAUCUCUUUUAGCAACACUACUGCCUUGGUUACACAAACCAGAGCUAAUGUCCCAUUCAGUGUUAUAUCAGCUGGACAGCCUGUGCCCGUACAGUGCUUUGGGGAAAGUAUUGGAAAUUCUAAUCAGUUUGUUCCUCUGACAUCUAAAGGCAAUAUAAGCUCUGUUCAAGUCACUAAGGCCCCUGUAGUGUCAGUUUGUAGCGAUGAUUAUUUGGUUGACACUAGCUUGUCCUGUCAGUCUGUCAAGGUUCAGCUCAGUGAGCGAGUUGAAGGGUUCCCUGUUGUUGUCACCUGCUCCCCUUCUGGAAGUUCUGCAGGUUCACCUCAACUGAAAUUUGAACCUGCUAUUGCAAAUGUUGGGGAUACUGAAGUCGGGGUCCCCUUCAUCUUUUCAUCCCAUGGGGCUACUACUCAGAGACUUAAAGUUGUCUGCAAGGCACAGACUUACAAUGUUACCAUUAUCUCCAACUCAACCUGUGGCAAACCAUCUGGUAGUACCCCGACCACACCCCCUCCCACGACAGCUCCAGCUAACGUCACAGUGAACACCACCCAGUCAUCUGGCACUUCCCUUCCGACGGUUGAACCCAUGCCUGAUAUAGUUCUCUUUAAGUUCAACACAUCCCUGGAUGGGGUUAGUGUGUUGCAGUAUUUGUUGGAUACUUCUUCAAGUCUUCCUGUUACAUUCCACACCCCAGAGCUAUCCCUAAGGCCUCCAUCAGUGACCAUCUAUGGUUCAUAUGCUGUCAGCUUAGCCCUAAGCAUCCCUCAAAGGCUACCUCUAGAUGUUGAAUGCUCGCUGGCCUCUGCCAGGUCCCAAGCUAAUGUGGUGGGUGUGGCAUGUCCCUCUAACCCCUUGGACACAGUGACAACAGCCGGCUCUUCAGUACAACUCAAGCUUGCUACAACUGAAGUGCAGUUCAAGAGGAAUGAAGUAUUGAAAACCCUCCUACUGACAAUCACUGGCUCAUCAUCCUCUAAGAUAAAGGACCUGGUGGUCUUGACAUGCUGUCCUAAGGCAGCAUCCGUUCCUGUACCACCCCCUGUAAGGGCGUCACUGUUCCUUGAGCUGUCCAGACAGCAGAACAUCAGCUGGGGGAACAUUCAAGCUGGUGUGCAAAGUUCCACCUCCCCCCUGGAUAUUGAUCUGACCUGUCCAUGUGACCUCGAGCACAAUGGCUGUGACAUUGGGUGCUGUUGUGAUAGGGGCUGUACAGACUCAGAGCGUGCAUCUUUUACAUGCAUGUCAGGGUUCUUUGGUGGGGCUUCAUCAGAGCGUCCAUUUGAGUUCAGUUGCCAGGCAGUCUGGCCAGAUUCCACCGACUGGCAGCCUUUUAUGUGUGUAACGACGAACAACAGUCCUUUCCUGGGCUACUUUUAUAACUUCACCUCACCAUCAGCUGCUGUUGAUACCCUACAGUACAACAGUCUGCUUAAUACCAACACAAGGACAAGAUACUCGUACCAGGCUCCCCAACAGACCCUGAGUAGCUCGGUUGCCGCCUACACAGUGAGCACGUCUGUCAAAACUGCUGCCAAUAGUAAGGACGCAAACUACUUAACGGCAAGUCUUGGAAUUCUGACACUGCCUGAAAGCAUUUUUAACGGCGUCUGCUCUCAAUUAGUACCGGUACGCUUCCUGGAAAAUAGGGAAUCAGUAUGUGUGACGCAAUUGACGGAAUCACUUUGCUCAAGUUCCUCGAUAAUAAGUGCUUCGAGUUACUUGAUGUCUCGGGGUGUGAGUAAUCCUACCUGUCCUGUGCCGCCUGCUGUGCUGAAAGGCGGUCAACUAAGUACUCUUCAAGACCAAACCCCAAUUCUAGCGGAUGAUCAAGUAGAAUACUUCUGCACGGACGACGCAACGGGCGCCAUUGUAAAUUCAGGAGCCGGAGUGGGGAUAGUGGAAACGACAGGAUCUUCGUUAUUCUCAGUACAGAGCUCUAAUGCUAGUUCAAAUAAGAAUUGGCGGUGUGCCUUUGACGAUGGACGCAAUCCUCCACUGCUGCCCUCGUACAAUAGCAGCUCGAGGAUAUGUUCAAACGUCGUACUGAACGUUUCGUACCAGCUCGAAUGGUCAGGCCAACAAAUUAAUAAGAUCAAGGCUUUGCUAGUGAUGGGCCAAGUACACAUACAGCCUGCGUCGAUCAGUAACCUAGCAACGAGUCAGUCACGUGUCAAUUCCCUGACACAGCGCUUUAGUGUGAAGUUCGUCCACUUUCCAGGGUAUAAUGUGAGCAAUACGGGAAAUAUAGCCCCUAACGCGAGUCAGCGCUCCGGGAACCCUGGCUACCAACGGGGACUGCCGCUACUAGCUGCCAUGGUUACGGCGCAGAGUACAACCCCGAGCAGUCUUUCCUUAUGGUCACCCGCCGGCGACAGUCUAUGCACUUCCUCGUCCAAUACCGGCAUGCUUUACGGCAGCGCGAUAUCGACUGGCUGUCUGCUUCGACUGACCUUAGAUGACAUGCGCAACUGCUCGCAGCUCAGGGACCUGGUACGAGCCAAUCAGGAGGCGCUGGUCCCCGCUACGCAUGUUGGGCGCUCUGGAAAUGCUGACGUUUCAAUGAGUGGAGAUUGGUUGCCGAUUUUGAGGGAGCCCGAUCGGUCCGGGUCACCAUCAAACGGCGAUUUUCCAGGCCAGUGCAGCCUUGUUCCUGCAGGGUUAACAGCUGAAAUUCUGGUUUCGGAGGCUGGUAAGACUCGUGGUGUCUCGCAAAUGGAAAUUGUCGGCUUCAAACUAAGAUACCAGUACACCACAUGGAACUUCUUCUGUGUCAGCGGUUUUGGCCUCGGCUGCUUAGCAACCAACGCAUCGACCAACGGCAGUGCGAUUUCGAACUCAACGGUGACGCCAACUAAUGUUACCGUGAACGCAUCAGUCACUCCUUCCGGCGAUAACGCAAGUGUCACACAGAGAAAUUAUGCACCGCGAACCCAGUACUUCGAGUUGAAGAGCACGGUAGUCUUUAUUCGGGUCCCGUCGACAGACCCCGCCCGAGUCAAGAAGUCCCUUGACCAGUCCGGUCUUUGUCGCGAAGACGUCUGCAAGGAAGAGUUGUUCUACCCUCUGUCGCCCGCCUACCAGGGCGAGGCCAAGGAGAAAGUCGUCGCCUUCUCCCUCAGCCUCAUAUUUAUGGCGCUCGUCACUUUUGCAUUUACAAGACCCUGGGGGUGAGGUAAGGAGGUGAUUAGCUGCUAAGCUUGUUGGUGCUUGUACCUGGAGAAGGGGUGAAACUAUAACCCUUGCCUAUGCUUCAAGCUUGAAGAAGAAGUGGAAUAGCUCUCGCUCAUCAUCAAGACCCUGGAAGUGACGUAGAGGAGCUCUUGAAUUCCAUCUUGCAAGUAUUUGUGGACGUUUGAAACAUUCUCGUUGACGGGGAUGUUGGGUCAUAAUACUCAGCUGCUAGCUCUCGCCACUAACGGAAAGGAAAAACUACUUGGUGGUAUUUCAUCUUGGGGUGAACAGUGAUAUUCGACAAGAUAUGGGAAUAACAAAACACAGCUGGUUUCCCUCAGCUUUAGAGAUAAGAGAAGUAUCUCUAGAUUAUGCACAAGACCAGGAAAAGACGGAGUUAGAUUCUGUUGUGGACAAGAUUGUCAACAAGACUUUUGGUUCAUGAUCCUUAGCUGGUCGAAAAUGGCUUGAGGGAAGGAUUCGCUCAUUUUCAAGACUCUGAAAGAAAUGGAGAGGAGCUCGGUAAUCCCCCAGUAGAUGCUCCCUUCUAGGGGUAGACGGCGGAACAUAAUAGUUGAGAAGAACGUUGAGAUUAUAAAGCUCGACAGCUCUGUUCUCCUUAUAUCCUAAAUUAGCUAUCGUUAAUCUUUAAGUAAAGAAGAGAAGUACCUAGUACUCUUUCUUAAGACUCAAGGAAGAGUAAAUAUUGACAAUUAGUCUAGUCUGCCAGCCGGCUCUCCAGUGAGUUUAUUCGAAAAUUACUGUUUUCGAAAUAAUCCCACACGAAAUAAAGAGAGAAAUGGAGAGCCAGCUACAAUUAGUCAACAAAAGGAGCUACUACAUGGAAUGUAAACGUUUCUUCCGCAUGGCUGGUAAUUGAGAGUUUUCAGUUUAUAGAAUAACAACAGAUUUGGGCGCAGGAAUGAGAUUUUCUCGCGCUCACCAUUCAAGUAAUUAUAUCUGAAGAGCAGAAGAUGGAAGGUAAUCUAGCGUUUUCAAGACGCAAGGUGUUUACAGAUUGGAGUGGAUCUUACUCAUUCAAAAGCCGGAGGAAAGAGAAUCUUGUUAGCAACCCUUAAUGUGACAUACACUUUAUAAAAUUACUCUCAAUUUUACCUUUUUGCAACAAUAAAUUUUUAAGCUAUUUCAGAGUACAUUUAUAUAUAUUUACUUUUGCUCAAAGUUAUUUGAAAACAUCAGUAACACCCU